AUGUCACUACUGUUUCUGUUUGGCUGCAGCGGUGGUAUUUCGGAAGGUGACGAUUCGCUGUGGGACACUGUGUGUAUGUGUGUGGCUGCCCAAGACAACUGUUUGGGCUUUUGGCUCAGGAUUGAGGCGCAAAGAACAAGGAACGCAUGUUGUAGACACGGCCGCCUUGUUGCCAAAAAAGUUUGUGUAUACCGGUGGCGGUGCUUGUACAACCUGUUUGCGUUUCUCAGUGUCCACGUGGAUUGUCUUAGCUCCGGUACUUUUGGAUGGCGCUGUUUAGAAGAUGAAUGCACUAGAGACGGCGAUGGUGCGAAGCAAAAGGUAUUGGAAUCUUCCUUGGCUAGCGCGAGUGAUGCUUUGGGAACGAGGCGUGCGCAAUGUGCCGUGACUGCCAGUUGCUCGGAACGCAUUGGGUUACAUGCAAACGACAGAGAUCUGGCGAUCUGA